AUGAUCCGAGUCGACACGACGACCGAGUCGACGCCGGGACCGCCGGCGAACCUCCUGCAAUACCCGACCAAGUCCAUGCGCGUCAACCGCCUCCAGACGCGCCACGAGGGCAGCGCGUCGCCGGCGUCCAAGGCGGUGCAGAGCUCGCGGCUCCUCGACUUCUUCUUUGGCCCGGUACAGCAACAGAAACCCAAGCUCAAGUCGAACGUUGGCCCGCGCAUGAACGCGAUGGAGUCGCUCGAUCGGUCGCUCUCGCCCUCGUCUCGCUCGCGCCGCGGCAACUACCAAGCCGUCACGCAGUCGCUGGACCGGCGCGGGCUCGUGCGCCAACAAACGUACGCCGGCCACGAAGCGCAGCGGCCGCCCAUGACCGACGUCGACAGGCGACGAGAAAACAACAGCGCGCCCAUCACGCAGACCCCGUACCAGGCACCGACGUCUGUCUUUGCGACGCAGCCUCGGCAUCCGGGCUUGAAGAAGGCGCAGACAAUGGAAGUGAGCCAGUUUGGCAAGAUCAAGGCCGCAUCCGCGGCCCAGGACCGAGCGGGCGACGGCCACGCGCCGAGAGUGUACAAGCGCGCGGGUGGCGACCACAGAAAGGACGACGAGGGACUUGACGACGCGCCGCCGCCGCCGCCCAUGGCCCGAUCGGCGUCGGGACCUGACCCGCGGCGAGCAGAUACGUCGCCGGAGCGGGACACGAAGCGCAGCUCUCGCGAAGACAAGCAAGCUCCUCACAAAAAACGCUCGGAGCACAGCAGCACCCCCGAGGCCGUCAAGCCCGUGCGCCGAAAAGACUCGAACGGAAGCAAGCCGGCGUUGGAGCCGCCGAAAUACCACCACGUGUCGAGCCAAAAUGCCUCGUGGAUGGACGGCAUCGUCGACGACGACGUGACGCUGGACUGCCUCACUCCUGUCUCUUGCAUCCUCGCGCAGUCGUACGACUCGGCCAUGAGCCCGCGAUCGUCGCUCGACGACGACUACAGUUUGUACUCGCCUCGGUCGACGCUUGGGCGCGAGACGGACGACUACGAAGAGGUCCUGCGCAAGUAUCAGCAAGAAGCCAAGGCGCCGCCGCCGCAGACCAAGAAUGUCGUGGUUGAGUUUGAGUUUUAG